CCACAGGUUUCGUCCGAAUGUCCUGAGAGCCCCAUGCCCCCAGUCUUAUGAGAUGGAGGUUGAGCUCGGUAAAGCCCAGCCGUGCAUGUCUAGCAAGUCAAUGAGCCUCAAGUACGGGGGUUUUAUUUCAGAGUGAGGUGACAUGAGUUAUUGACGUCUCGGUUCUAUCAGUUUUCCACCUGGAUGCGCAUCAUCAUCAUCAGCAUCACACUCCACUUUGCUCGGGUCCAAGAUGCGUCGGUGGAAAGCUCAAAUCUGGUUGUCACCCAUACAACUGAAGAGCUGAAUCCCACCAGGAGCAACGGCUGUUGAGCAGCUGGAAAAGUAGCUAUGAUUUCUGGAUGUGGGUCUCUGACUCCGUUCCCACCAUAGGUAAGGAGUGGUGCCAGUGAUUCAUGAGGGACUGGCAGGCCCUUUCCGUCAAAGAUAGCAGCAGCUGCAGACAUGUCUAGGACUCCUCCGAGCAGCAACUUCCCCGAAAAUGUAGAUUUGAUCUUCGAAUGCGAAAGGUGGGGCACAUCUGUUCAAAGUCGGCUCCAGGCAGGAACGGCAAAGCCUCCGUAGACUUUCCGCCAUUUGUACGAGGCAUCUGAAGAUUAUUUAAACAUAUGGCAUCAGGAUUGCAUAGAUUUUGAAAUGCAGAAGGAAGUGCUCACACACACCGCUUAUAAUUUAAAAAAAUUGCAGACUCCGAAGCUUCGCGGCACCGUAGCUGAUUGACUUGGAGGUUUUCUGGGACCUCCCGGCGUGCUCGAGUCGUUAGGGCAUGAUUUGCGUGCUCAUCCAUCCACCUACAGCUGCAUUGCAUUGAUGUGAAGUGGGUCGUUCUGGGCUCGGACGAAAUUACGAAAUUUUAGGAUCUGACGGAACAUGAAGGGCGUGUGGUUGGUCUAGGGCUAGACGCAUUCAGAAAACUGAGGGUUAAAAAAUAGGGAAAACUUCAAUGUCUUGUGUGCUCAGUGGAGGUCCAUGAAUCUCACUCGCUCAAUCAGCUGCAAUGCCGUCGUCAUUGCUCUGGUAAUACUGUCCACCGUGAUUGUAAUAUGGGGUACAGGGCAGGUGCGAAUAGACGAAGGCCCAUUGCGCUCGACAAUUGGAACGAUCGAUCACAGUAUUAGACUGUUGCCACUGCGCCUUGACGCCAUUUUCGUGCUCACCGGGGGCCAGACUGACGAUGGAGGAGUUCCUCUGUGGGUGGCUAGGCGACUGGACAGAGCAGUGGAGUUGCAGAGAAGUCAGAGUGAGCCACUUCCUCCAAUUGUCUGCGUGGGUGGAGGAUCGGGAGUUGUUCCCCCAAUUCUCACGGCGGAGAAGUUCGUCAUGCACGAAAGCACUUCUGCUGCCAAGUACUUACACGAGAAGUGGAAAGUCAGUUUCAGUUCGUUGUUGAAGGAAUGGAGUUCAUAUGACACAGAAGGAAACGCCUACUUCGCCCUCACACAACAUGCAAUUCCCCUUGGGUGGCGCCACAUUGCCAUUGUAACCUCCGAGUUUCACAUGCCUAGAAGCAAAGCAGUUUUUGAUUGGAUAUUUGGGCUGCAAGGAGCUGGAGCAGGACAUGGCUUGUUGCACGCAACAGAUCCUUCUGGGGUCGUGCUUAGGCACGACCCCAGAAGUCAGGGAUUUUGGCUCGAAUAUAUCAGUGUGAGCGACGAAGGUCUCGAUGCAGAAGCCCUCAAGACCCGAGUAGCUGCCGAGAAACGGAGGUUGAAGAGAAUCAAUGGCCUUGCACAGCGAAUACAUACACUGCCACAGUUUCACCAUUAUCUCUUUGUUGAGAACAGAAUAUACAACACGGCAAAGCAACAUAUUUUCGGCAAGGAUGGCGCAAACAUGACUACUGCUGGUGGAUUGUACUGAACGUAGACAUGGUGAUAUCAUAACUCUGAAAAAAUCCAAACCAAUCUUGUAAUUGCAUGCUUAUAAUGAAAUUGUAUAGUAUACUUGUAAAUAUUGUCUGCGUGUUCUAUCACUAAGCGGCGGAGAUAGUGGUUUCCACGUCAAGAAGCCCCCAGAACGUUAACCUGUAAUCUCUCGGACCGCCGGGAAGUAUCUGCAUGCAUCGGUGCUCUCGAGAUUUUAAGAUGUGAACUUAAAUAGAUCUCGAGCAAAGGCUAUUCUACACAAGAGUUGCUUGAAACAUCCGUUCAUUGUUCAAGUAAGGAUGCAUUGUAGUAGUUUUAGAUACUCUGUUUGAGUUGCGAAGUCAAGGAUGACAUCUUUCAGGAAGUUUUGCAUCUUUGCAGGAACCUUUACCGAUCUAAUGCCAUCUCGGCUGACUUUAUAUCUACAUCGAUUGGUUGUCACUGUCAUCGUUACCGUCCAAGACUAACCGAUAACGUCUAAAAUGAAAGUUUCGACAUGGUACUAAGGGUUCCGUACUCAGAAUGAUGCCAGUGGUACGUUUUAUCUAUCGUCUUGCAUUUUUGGGAGCUAGCGAUGUCAUGAUCGUGAUUAUAAUAGUUUGACGUGAUUUGUGAGUGUGGAAUUUGAGAAAGAUUGGAUUGAUUUACGUUUAUGGAAUAACUUUGGAGGUUUCAGAGAGAAAA